AUGAGCUGCUGUUCAAAGCACUGCGAGCCUGUGCUAAACCUUCCUCGAAGCCGCGCACGACAAACUUGGAUCGAAUUUCAAAGUCCACCAAGGGAAUGCUGGGAAGAAGAGGGACUUUGGGGCUCGGUCCGAAUGCACAUAGAGCGGUCAGUAGCAAACACUAGCUGCAGAAAAGAGUUGCAGGAGGAUCUUUUGAAGUACAGGCAGAAGAAGAUUCUGGAAGCAGCACAAAGAAGAACAAGUCUAAAGAAGUGCUGCAGGGAUCUCCGUGAAUAUAAUAUUUCGCUAGCAGCUUUGCUGAGCGAAGACGGGACUCGCAUGUCCUCUCGUGGUGAGAUGGAAAUCAUUACGGAGAGGCUCUACUCGAAUAUUUUCCCUCCAUUAAAGGCAUCACCCAAUGAAUCUGUGGUGGUACGGAUUUCAGGUGGAGUAUUCGUAUACGGGAUAGUAGAUUAUGGAGAGAAGGGUGACUCCAUCAAUUUCUUCCUAAUUGCCGUAAAAAACGGCCCGGAAGAUAUGGCUUAG